AUGUCAAUAAAAAAAUCUAUUUUCAUACGCAUCAUCCUUAUAUAUAUACAUACAGAUUUACUUUAUGGUCAACAUCAUACAAAUGAAAUAUCAUCACCCUCACAAGAAGAUAGUGUAAAGGAUCUAUCGAAUAAUACUUCAGAUAUUUCUCAAUCCGAACUAUUUUUAUCAGAAAUAAGAGAAAUUUUAAAUAAUGCAAAUAUUUCCGCAGAAUUAAUUCCUACAACUGAAAAAACUAUUUCUCAUGAUAAUAGUACUCAAAUACUUAAUGAUAUUUCAUUAUUAUCUACAGAAAAUGAAUAUAAUAAUUUUAAUUAUCGUGAACCAACUCCACCACAUGAACAAAUUAAUAAAACAACUGAUAUUUUCACAAUGAAUAAUUCAACAAGUACAACAUUUCUUGAAAAUCAUGUUCAAUUCGAUAUGAAUUCAUCAAAUUUAACUCAUUCAUUUCGAAAAAAUUUUAUAAAAAAUAAACCAUAUGAUACUCAUAAUACAACUUUGGAAGAAGAAGCAGAAGAAGCAGCUCAACGUGUAACUGAUCGAAAAAUAAUGCAAUCACUUAUUCAUUUAAUACCACCAAAUUUAUGGUCACAAAUACAAAAUAACCGAUCAUUUUUUCACCAAAAUCAUACUCAAUAUCCAAAACCAUCAUUACCUAAUCCUGUUAUACUUGCAGAAGCAGCUGCUCAAGCAGGUUUACCUGGUCCAGGACCAUAUCCUAUACCAGAACAUUUAUGGCCUCGAAAUCCUCCUCAGAUAAUUACAAGACCAACAAUAACUUCAACAUUUUCAACAACUUUACGACCUAGACCAUAUAUACCUAUAAAACAAGCUGUAUCAUUACCAUCCAAUGAUAACAACAAGCAUUCAUUAUUUAGUCAAAUAGGUUUUACUUGUCCAUUAGGUGCUAGUGAUAUUCGUUAUCCAGAUAAACGAUUAUGUAAUAUGUAUUUUACUUGUACACCAUCAGGUUUACCUGAACCAAAUCUUUGUGCAGAAGGUUAUCUUUUUUCUGAGUUAACUCGUGAUUGUGAAAUAGUAUCACGUGUCAAUUGUGGACAACGUUUAUCCGCAUUUUUUGAAAUUGAAGAAACAAAAUUAAUUUCAACUACAACAUCAAAAUCAAAAUUUAAUUUAAAUAUUGUUAAUGCUACAAUUGAAUGUAUUCUUGGUGCUGAUGGUUAUUUUGAAGAUCCAUUAUAUUGUAAUAUAUAUCAUCAUUGUAUAGCUGGAGUUGAUUAUAUUGAACCUUGUCCUAAUCAAUUAGCUUGGAAUGAAAAACAAAAAAUGUGUGAUUGGGCAACAAAUGUUAAUUGUACAGGUAAAACAAUGCCUGUUGUACAAAGUAAAACAUCAUUUUGUACAAAUCGACAAGAUGGUCGUUAUUCAUCUGAAACAUAUUGUAAUGUAUUUCAUCAUUGUAUUGGUGGAACAGAUAAUAUUGUACGAUGUACAGGUGAAUUACAAUGGGAUGAUAUAAGAAAAGAAUGUGGAUGGUAUUCAUCUGUACGAUGUGGUCCACCAAAAAAAAUGUUACCAAAUGAAAAUAAAGUUAAUUCAACAUUUUGUACAGGAAAAGCUGAUGGAUCAUAUUCACAUGAAGAAUAUUGUAAUGUGUAUCAUGUAUGUGAAUCUGGUGCCGAUAAUAUGCGUCAAUGUCCUAAUCAAUUAUUUUGGGAUAAUAAUCAACAAAAAUGUGAAUGGUCAGAUAAAGUUCAUUGUUCCGGACGUACUCUUGUUGCUAUUUCAAUGGAAUCAAGUGCAUUUUGUAUGGAAAAAACCGAAGGAUUUUAUAUUGAUCCAAAUUAUUGCAAUGUUUAUCAUCAAUGUAUGGGUGAUAUUGAUCUUAAAUUACAAUGUCCUGAACGAUUAGUAUUUAAUACAACAUUAAAACGAUGUGAUUGGCCUGAAACAACAAGUUGUAAAAGUGGAAAUAUAUUAAUCGAAAAGAGUGAUAAUAGUAACAAGGGAUAUUGUGCAGAUAAAUCAAAUGGAAAUUAUGCUCAUGAACAAUAUUGUAAUCGUUAUUAUAUAUGUCAAAAUGGAAAAGAUGUUGUAUUUACAUGUCAAAAUAAUUUAAGAUAUUCAAUAGAAAAAAAUGAAUGUGAUUGGGCUGUUAAUGUUGAUUGUAAAGGCAAAGCCGAUUAUAUGUGGGAAGGUAUAAAAGAAAGUUUCUGUAAACGUUUACCUGAUGGAAAUUAUGCAGAUCUUAAAUAUUGUAAUACAUUUCAUCAGUGUCAAGCAGCUAUGGAUUAUCCAAAACGAUGUCCAAAUCGACUUAUGUUUAAUGAUGAAACAAAAGAAUGUGAUUGGGAAGAUAAUGUUAAUUGUAAAGGUCGAGAAAAAUUAAUAGAUACAGAAGGACUUGAUGAUUCAGUUCGGCCAGGAUCAAAUAAUACUCGAGGUCGUUCAACAAAGUUUUGUAUGGUUAAACAAAAUGGAGAUUAUGCGGAUUUAUAUUAUUGCAAUGUUUAUCAUAAUUGUCAUGGAGGUUUUGAUACUAUUCAAUAUUGUACACAUGGUUUAGUAUGGAAUCAAGAAAGUGAAUCAAUAGGUAAAUGUGAUUGGUCUAAAGAUCGAUCGCCGGAUGGAGUAGAUUGUAAUGGAAAAGUUUUAUUUUUUGCUGAAAAAUUAGGUGAAACUGAUAUUCUAUCAAAUUUACGUUCAGAAUUUUGUAUAAGUAAAGGUCCGGGUCUUUAUGAACAUCAACGAUAUUGUGAUUUAUAUUUACAAUGUAAUGAACAAGGCGUUGGUAUAACUAUGGAAUGUAGUCCUGGUCUUGUAUUUAAUGAACACAAAAAAGAAUGUGAUUAUCAAGGAGAUAGAAAUGAUGCUAAAGGAACACUUUGUUUACAACCACGGAGUUUUCUUCGAUCAAAACCAAAAGCUGAACAAGCUUCUAUUUUAUUCGAAGGUGCUGAUGCUACUGGACAAUUUCCAACACGUUUCGAUUGUAUAAAUAAAAAUCAACAAAAUAUGUUUGCUGAUAUAGAUUGGUGUAAUAUUUAUCAUGUAUGUGUUGGAAAUCGAGAUAAUAUAUUUUUAUGUCCACCUGGUACAAUAUUUAAUGAUACAGAACAAGGUUGUAUGAAUCGAUUUGAUGGAACUAAUUGUAAUGGUACACGUUCUUAUUAUAAACCAUCAAUGAAACGACAAAAACGUCAUGAUAUACCAAAUCUAUCAGAUAAAAUUCAAUCAUUUAAUUAUUUAAAACAAUUACCAAAAAGUGAUAAUAAUCAACCAAUUCCAUAUGAAUCGAAAAAAUUAUAUGAAUCAAAACAGUUCAAUCGAAAUGCUGCUAUCGAAUGGCAACAACAUCAUCGUCAUAAUAGAAAAAUUCUUUAA